CUCGGAGCUGGCCUAGGCCGGCAGCGCAACCGCCACAGCAACACUUUCAUCCGUCGCUUUCCUUACCUACAUAUGCCUCCGAUUUGUUGCUCCAACUGACUCAGACGAAACAAAACACACAAUCGACGACUUUCUGAUUGGGUCAACCCGGACAGCAGCCUGCCUUGCGGGGAAGAAGCGAAAGGGGGAAAAAAAAGGAGGAGAGAACACGCCAGAGAGCAAUGAUGUUGCUGCGCAAUGCACCCAGAAAUCCGGCGAUAGAUAGGGACACAAUCGGCAUUGGCCACCAACCAGCCAACCCGCCGCAGCCCCGGCGCAAAAGGAAGGCUGAGAAUCAACCCGAGAAUAACGAGCGCCUGUCAAAGCGAUUGAGUCUGCUAAAUCUAGAACAAAACGGAUCCAAGUUGUACGUCCCAGUCGAGAAUCCCGUUGCGCAGCCAAACACGGCGCCGUCCUCCUCACCCUCCACCUCCCACCCGCGAAGGCGUCCAGGCGAAGAUGACUCGAUGCAGCUGGAUGAUUCGAAACACAAGGUCUACAUUUACAAUCUAGAAGACGAGUUCUCAUCAUCCGACGGUGAGACAGACGACGGAAAGCUGCUCUUCCUCCCGGACGUUGAGAAGCAUCUGCGCGUCAAUCGCAUCCCCCCGCAGCUGCUCUCCAACCCCGCGGAAGACCUGAAAGGCCGGGAACUGGUUCUCUACAACGUCCCGAGCUCCAUCACCGUCCCGGAGGAGCAGGACAACGUGCGGAAGGCCAUCCUUGAGUCUCGUGCCCGGAUCCGAGAGAAGCAACAAAAGGAAGCGAGGGAGGAGAGACCCCCCGAGAGCCAGUCACCAGCCACUCCACCUAAACCCUCAUUCGCAAAUGGGUUUGCCAACGUCUUUCCCAGUUCUCCGGGUUUCCCAAUGGCGCAGGAAGACCCAGAGGCGAUGGAACUAGACUAGGCACAACUUCCGAUAUAUUGAAGCAACCGGGUUGCUUGGGGCGGUUUUGUUGGAGAUACCCAUUCUCAUGCGGCGCAAACGGCGUCACCAGCUAGCAUGUACUGUACCUGUAUUCCAUUCACGACUUGGGCGUUAAAUUGAGCGUUUCUUUCCAGCACAAUGAAGCAUAUUUAGCAAAUCUACAAAAGCAAAAGACCCAGCCCAACCUUACCCUACGCCUGCUGAAAUCCCGUACAAAGCUUCCCGCAUCGUCAAAGCCAAUCAAUAUAUUCCUU